GAUGAACAACAUGAGGUUCUGGAAGGUGUUGGAGGUCUGUGGUGUGGAGAGCUUUAAAUGAGCUCCAGCUGGUUGACUGCUGUGUUUGUUUCCAUCAGGUGAAGCCAGAAUAAAGAAGCCAACUCCAAAGACUCCUCCUAAACAAGCUCUGCCUCCUCAGAUCCUGCAGUUCCCAGAGGACAUGAAGAUCCUAGCAGGAGAAAAGGUGGAGAUCCUCUGCAAGUUCUCUGGAGCUCCACCCAUCACCUGCACCUGGCUGAAGUUCAGGAAGCCGAUCCAGGAGGACUCCUCGGACAUCUCCAUAGAGAGCUCAGACAGCAGCAGUAAACUGACCAUCAGCAGCGGGCAGCAGGAGCACUGCGGCUGCUACACCAUCGAGCUGAGGAACAGUUACGGCCUCCGUCAGGCUGCCCUCAACCUCACCAUCGUUGAUAAACCCGACCCCCCAGCAAAGGUCCCUGCAGCCUCAGACCUCCGGCGCUCCAGUCUGACCCUGUCGUGGUACGGGCCGACCUACGACGGAGGCAGCGCCGUGCAGACCUACCACCUGGAGAUCUGGGACUCGGUGGGGCAGCAGUGGCAACAGCUGGUGUCCUGCAACAGCACCUCCUACAACAUCCAGAACCUUCUUCCAGAACGACAGUACAAGUUUCGAGUUCGAGCUCAGAACAUUUAUGGCAUUGGAGAGCCGAGCGUCGAGUCUGAAGCUGUAACAGUCGGACUAGUGGACGACGAGAACCAGGAUGAUGCUGAGGCAGAGGAGGAGGAUGAAGAAAAAGAGCCAGAGUACAGAGACGUGACCAUCAGAGCCGAAGUGAAGGUGAAGGAGAUGUACGACGUGGAGGAGCGACUGGGAACGGGGAAGUUCGGUCAGGUCUUCAAGCUGGUGGAGAAAGCCACCAAGAAGGUUUGGGCUGGAAAGUUUAUCAAAGCGUACUCUGCCAAAGAGAAAGAGAACGUCCGACAGGAGAUCAACAUCAUGAACAGCCUCCAUCACCCCAAACUGGUUCAGUGUGUGGACGCCUUUGAGGGCAAGUCGGACAUCGUCAUGGUCCUGGAGAUGAUCUCAGGCGGCGAGCUGUUUGAGCGGAUCAUCGACGAGGACUUUGAGCUCACAGAGAGGGAGGUGAUUAAAUACAUGCUGCAGAUCAUCGACGGCGUCAACUUCAUCCACAAACAGGGGAUCGUCCACCUCGACCUCAAACCUGAGAACAUCAUGUGUGUCAACAAGACCGGCAGCAAAAUCAAACUGAUCGACUUCGGCCUCGCCCGCCGGCUAGAAAACGCUGGAACUCUGAAGGUUCUGUUUGGGACUCCAGAGUUUGUAGCUCCUGAAGUGAUAAAUUAUGAAGCCAUCAGUUACCCCACAGACAUGUGGAGCAUAGGAGUCAUCUGUUACAUCCUGCUGAGCGGUCUUUCUCCAUUCAUGGGCGACAACGACAACGAGACUCUGGCCAAUGUUACCUCAGCAACGUGGGACUUUGAGGACGAGGCCUUUGAUGAAAUCUCUGAGAACGCCAAAGACUUCAUCACCAACCUGCUGAAGAAAGACAUGAAGGCUCGGCUGACCUGCCCUCAGUGUUUUGAACACCCCUGGCUGAAACAGGACACCAAUACCAUGAAGACCACCAAGCUGUCCAAGGAGAGGAUGAAGAAGUACAUCCUGAGGAGGAAGUGGCAGAAAACGGGUCACGCUGUUCGAGCUAUUGGCAGACUCUCCUCCAUGGCCAUGAUGGCUGGAGUUAGUGCCAAGAAGGGCUCGCCCACCGAAGAGGAUAAUCAGUUCCUGGAGUGUUUGGAGUACGAACAAAAGACCGAGUCUAAACCCAGCUUCAGUGUGGUCAUCAAAGAUGUGGAGGUGGUGGAGGGCAGCGCCGCUCGCUUCGACUGCAAGAUAGAAGGAUACCCUGACCCUGAGGUGGUUUGGUAUAAAGACGACCAGCCAAUCAAAGAAACCCGACACUUCCAGAUCGACUACGAUGAAGAAGGAAACUGCAGUCUGGUCAUUUCAGAGGUUUCAGGUGAUGAUGAUGCCAAGUACACGGUGAAGGCCGUCAACAGUCUUGGAGAGGCAACGUGUACAGCAGAGCUCCUGGUGGAGGUGAUGGCUGAAGAGGAGGAAGAGGAGGAGGAGGAAUGAUGUUUCCUGUUGGAGGUUCAGGAGGCCUGCUGCUCCUCUGCCUGUCAGACCUGAACAGGAGAAAAUUUACCCACAGUAAUCCUAAGGGGCUGGAGGUACAUGUGGGCGGAGUUUCUUACACCUGAAUCUGAGCAUGUGCAGAGCUGCAGCUUGACCUCAAACCGAUUCCUCAGCAAAACUGAGGCCCCUGUUUGUUAAAUAAAGAAAUAAAUUGUCAUUAUGACUUAUUUCUUCAAACUUUAAUCUAAUAAAUGACACCAAACAAGACUGAGCAAAACCCACAUCCUCAUCUCACAAAUUCAUUUUCCUUCUAAAUGUGGCGCCGUUUACGGUUUUCCAACACCAGGUGGGCGGGGCACCAGGUGCUCCGCCCACCAGGUGCUCCGCCCACCAUCCUAUGUCCUCUGAGGUCAUAUCAGUGGACUGAUCAGCUUCCUCCAGAUAACCACACAGACACUUCCUGUAGAUUAACCUUCAUUAACUGUAACAGCUCUGGGUUUUACAAGAUUCACAACUCAUCAAAUAUCUUUGUCCCGUGGAGUCUGGAGGUACCUCUCAGCAUGCUCCUGGUACUGGAGCCUGCUUUCAUAUGAUUGGUCAGUUUAUGGAAGCUGCAGAAGGUCCGCUCUCAAACUGAUCUGUGUCCUGAAACCAAGAGAGGGCCAUGAACUCCUCUGUGAUGUCACUGAACUUUUAACAUGUUUAAUCCAUAAUGUCACACUUUGUCCCUGUUUGAUUAGAAAACAAGACGCUGAAACAAUGUUCCAAAGCAUGAAGAAGAGCAUGUUUCCAACACUUUAAACUGUCCUGUUUGCCUUGUUUGAGUGAAGGACAGAGAAACUUCACCACUUCUGUGCCUUAAAGCGGCUCUGAGCCUAAUCUGAACACGAGGCUCUGCAGUGAUCACAUUUAUUCUUCAUUUUCUGUAACUAAGCGGCUCCUGUUGUUAUCGGAGAAUCAGCUUCACUCUUUAUCUGCACAUCAUGUUUCAGCUGCAGGUUUCGAAGCUAUAAUCACGUUUGGCCUCCUGCUGUGAUCCUUAAUGCAUCACGAUCAGAGUUUCUCUGUCGCACUGUGGGAUGUUUUCUUCUUCUGUGGUCUUAAAACUGUUGAUGAAUCAGGAAACUCUUAAACCUCAGCAUUAGUUCCCCAGUUUCUGACUCUAACCGUCACAUAGCUGCAGUUUAAAUGUUUUUAUUGGGUCGUUUUGAAGUCUCUCAGUGUGUCGGCAGAAACUCUGGUUAAACGUCACAUUCCAGCUGUUUGUGUUUGAAUCUUUUCCUAAAAUCUGAUUCCUUUUACAAUCAGACACCAAAGAUGUUUUUUCUGCUAACUCACAGGUGUGUGUAUGUGAGUGUGAGUGUUUCCUCUGCAGUUUUCAACCAUCCUGUUUGUGUGUUUGGAGUCUUUUUAUUGUUAUUUAAUGCACAGAUUUUUAAUUAUAUGAUGAUUCUUCCAGAAGGUGUUGCAGCACUUCAUGUUCCGCCUAUUAAAGCAGAGGUGGACUCACUCUUUGUUUAGUUUUUGUAUUAGAUGUAAGUAGAUUUAAUUACUUUAAUUUUUAUAAAAAUAUACCAGAUUGAUGACCUGUAUGAGAAUACUACGACUGUAGUUACUCACAGAUGCCGAAUAAAUUUUUAUCACAAGA